AUGGCCGAACGCGUCGAGCGGCAAUUGAUGUCAUCGACGUCGCCGACGUCGGGAGACAUUGAGAAGAUUAAUACCGGCCGCAGCCUGGCAUCCAACGAAGAACCAGUCCCGGCCUUGGAACCUGGCGCUCACAAGCGCGGCAGUGACAGUCCCGACACACAGGUCGAGGACGGCAUUCGCUAUGACUACCUCGACUUCGACACCCACAUCCCGCUCGAUGAGUUCGACACAAUCCAAUCUUCGAUACCUCCGCCCAACCUCAAGAAGUACGAGUCGCCGCUCACGUGGUCGUCGAAGCAUAAGACCAUCAUCCUGAUACUGUGCUGUUGGUGUACCUUUACUGCCGCCUACAGCGCAGGCUCGUACUCGAUAGCGGCGAAUCCUCAACGAGCGAAAUGGCAUCUCGGGGAAGUCGCCUUCAAUACCGGCGUCACCACGUGGGCGACCGGCUUCGCAGUAUCACCUAUGUUCCUCGCGCCCUUUAGCGAAAUCAACGGGAGGCGGCCGGUAUUCAUCGGGUCGGCCAUCCUCUUCCUCGUGGGUCAGAUUGCCUGUGCCACGACACCUACCUUUGGCGGGAUGCUCGCUGCUCGAUUCCUGGUCGGAGCCGGAGCCAGCACGUUUGCGACCAUGGUGGGAGGAGUCGUCUCCGACAUGUAUGACGCCGAGGACCGCAAUACACCGAUGGCACUGUACAGUGGUUCCGCCUUGGCGGGCACGGGGAUAGGACCCCUUCUGUCUGGCUUCAUCAUCGGGCGUGCCCAUUUCCGCUGGGUCUACUACCACCAGAUCAUCUCGUUGAGCAUCAUGCUGGUUGUGGUAUACUUCUUCUUCAAGGAGACCAGGGGAUCGGUCCUGUUGAGCCGCCGAGCCAAGGUGUUGAACGACUAUCUCGAGAAGCUUGAGAACAGCACUCCGAAGUCUGAAAAUACCGGCGAGAAAGCCAAUUGCCCAGUCCGCCUCCGCUACAAAGUCGCCGCAGACGAAAGCCGCUCCUCGCUAGCACGCAUGCUCUACCUCUCCCUUACAAUUCCCUUCAAACUCCUCACCACCGAACCGGUCGUGUUUUUCUUCUCGCUCUGGGUCGCCUUUGCCUGGGCGCUUCUCUACAUGACUUUCUCUGUGAUCCCCUUGGUCUUCAUGAGCCGACACAAUUUCAACGUCGAGCAAUGCGGCGCCGUCUUUUCCGCAAUAGCAAUCGGAUCAAUACUUGCGACCCUGCUCUCCAUCUACCAAGAAAGGCUCGCGAAGAAACGAUGGCCGAAACUCAACAGCUCGCCCGAGGGCAGGUUAUAUUUCCCCUGUCUCGAAGGCGCCUUGCUUCCCAUCGGCCUCUUCUGGUUCGGCUGGACGACGUACUCGUCUAUUCCAUGGAUCUCACCCGUCCUCGCCAUCGGAUGUGCGCAGAUGGGCAUCUUUGUCAUCUACCUCGCCGUGUUCAACUACCUGGCCGACGUCUACCAUCGAUACGCCUCUUCAGCACUGGCAGCACAGUCGUUUUUGCGGAACAUCUUCGCGGCGGUAUUUCCUCUGUUUACGAACCAGAUGUUCACAAAUCUCGAUUACGCGCCGGCGAGUUCUCUACUGGGCGGAAUUGCCGCCUUGCUCACGCUUGUUCCUUGGGUGUUGCUUUUCAAGGGCGAGCAGAUUAGGGCCAGGAGUAAGAUUGCGAGGCAAAUCAUGGGGGACAAUGCGAAUUGA